GUCAAGCUACUUUAAAUAUCGAGCUCUUACGGUAUGAACACGCAAACCUUGCUAAUUAAUACCCUCACUUGAAACUAUGAAUAUCGUUUGUUUGCUAACGAUCGUUAUCCAAAAACAGUAGGGUGCGAACUCCACGACUAUGUCAAAUUUUAGUAGCUAAAGAUCUUAUGUACUCGGGAGCUUGAACAAAAUCUUCACUGAAACGCGGUCAACGUUGCAUGCAGUACAGUACGCAUAACAAUAUAUGUGGUUAUCUGAUAAACCUAAAGACCUAUGGUGAAUUCCAGAAACCGGAAAAUUUUUUUGGAUACAUAAACUUUAUUUAAUACUUUACAGUGACAACCAAUUAAUGAGCUCUAUUGAAAACCUCAAAUCAUUUGAUCCUUUUGCGGAUACUGGAGACGCUGAGACCCAACCAACAAAUUAUAUCCAUAUCCGCAUUCAACAAAGAAAUGGAAGGAAAACAUUAACAACUGUUCAAGGAGUCCCCGAAGAAUAUGACUUGAAAAGGAUUCUGAAGGUGCUGAAGAAGGAUUUUGCUUGUAACGGCAACAUUGUCAAAGACGACGAUCUAGGGGAGGUGAUUCAGUUACAGGGAGAUCAAAGAUUGAAAGUAAUGGAAUUCUUAAUUCAGCAGCUUGGUCUUCAAAAGAAAAAUAUCAAAAUACACGGAUUUUAAGCUGAAGUCUGCUUUGUAGUCCUGAUGAUCUAAUCUCUACAUAUUCGCUCAAAUAUAUGGAUGUCAAAUUAU